AUGAAAAGAAGUUUGGAAUUGAUCAAGAAAGAUGGGGACGUUGUUUCCCCUGAUUUAAAAUUGGCCAGGACAAAACCAGAUACUUCAGAUAUAAAACUUAAAUGGAAAUUAUACGAUGAACCAAAAUCAACGGAUAUUAUAGAGAGCAAAACCAAAAAAAUUACAGAUGGUUACGAUGGUUGUAUAGAGGUUAGUAGAAGAGAUUCUAAAAGUACUAGCAAAUCUAUGCCUAACGUUUCAGAAAUGAAGGCUUCUUUUAAACCACAUUUUAAAUAUGCUUCUCAUGCUUACGGGUUAAGGAUGAUGUCGAAAAAAAUAUUUAAUACUAGAGUAGAGUUAGAUGUUGAAAAUCUGAUGAUUGUGAUUAAGCAGAAUGAAGUCUCUCUGAUAUAUCUAAUGAGAGAACUAGUCGAGUGGUUGUUGAUAAAUUUCCCCUCGAUAACAAUAUAUCUUGAUGAGGCUUUAAAGGGCUCGAAGACUUUUGAUGCCGAGGACAUUUGCACUGAUAGUAAAUGUUCUGCAAAAAGAAUUAGCUAUUGGAAUCAAGAAUUUUUGGAUAAUAACGUUGGGUUCUUUGAUUUAGUUAUGACUCUAGGUGGGGACGGUACCGUUCUUUAUGUUUCUUCAAUCUUUCAAAAACACACCCCACCAAUUGUGUCCUUUGCACUAGGUUCUUUGGGAUUCUUGACUAAUUUCAAAUUUGAGCAUUUUAGGAAAGAUCUGCCUUUGAUAUUAAAUAAUAAAAUUAAAACAAAUUUAAGAAUGAGAUUAGAGUGUAAAGUCUUUAGAAGACGAGAUCCAGUCGUUAAUCCAGAAACUGGCAAGAAAAUUUUUGUUUCUGAAUUAAUCUCAGAACAUCAUGUAUUAAAUGAAUUAACUGUAGAUAGAGGUUCCAGUCCUUUCAUUUCAAUGCUGGAAUUGUACGGUGACAGUUCUUUAUUUACCGUGGCACAAGCAGAUGGUUUAAUUGUUAGUACACCAACUGGUUCUACAGCUUAUUCUUUGAGUGCAGGCGGCUCAUUAGUCUACCCAAGUGUAAACGCUAUCGCUGUAACACCAAUUUGUCCACACACUUUGAGUUUUAGACCAAUUAUUCUACCAGAUAGUAUGAAUUUAAAAGUAAGAGUUUCUUUGAAAUCGAGAGCUACCGCAUGGGCAGCUUUCGAUGGUAAGAAUAAAGUAGAACUUCAACCUGGUGAUUAUAUUAGCAUUGCGGCUAGUCCUUAUGCAUUCCCAACAGUUGAAUCUUCCUCAUCAGAAUUUAUAGACAGUAUUGGUAGAACAUUGAACUGGAAUGUUAGAGAAGAACAAAAGUCAUUCACUCACAUGUUAUCACAAAAGAAUAAAGAAAAAUUUGCAAUAGAGUCUUAUAAAAUGGAUGAUUCUGAUUCUUCGGUAGAAGAAUUAGAAGUUAACGAGAAAAUUGGUGAUGAAAAGUUAGAUAUGGAUAAGAUAGAAUCUUUAUUGGAUCAAGCUGAUAUAAAAGAAAAGGUCCAUUUUUCAGAUUAG